AUGUCACAUCAAAUCGAAGCGCUCGAGCGCCAGUAUAGUUUCGGGAGCACCACCAACACCAGCACCGCUGCUAAUAAUAAAACAGAUGUCAAGGAGCUCAAAGCAUGGCUCACAAAAUCCAACUGCCAGCAUUUGCUUCUGCGAUUUCUUGACAACGGAAUCACUAUGGAUUUACUUCCAGAACUAGACACCAAUAGCCUUAAGGAAUUGGGAAUCGAACGACUAGGGGAUCGACUUCGUUUGGAAAUUGCAAUUGCAACUUUAAAAACAGAAAGGUUGAAGCACUAUAUUGAUGUUAAUGAAUUGUAUCGGAAACUUAAUCUUGAGCUUACGGUGUCAGCUUCUGGGAGUGCUGUUGGAGGUAAUGCCAAUGGUAUUGGAGGGAACGGUUCUAGUAGAGGUGUGGAUUCUCCAGGGGAUGGGACAUUAAUCCAGUCAGCAACGCCAAAGAGGAAUGCAAGCUUUAGCAGCACAUCAUUGAAUGACUCAAGCAAAAACAUCACAUUUAUAUUACAAGAUGGAAGUUUGAAAAAAGUCAAUGUUACGGGAUGUUUCAAUGCCCAGGCCAUAAAGAAAAAAGUAUUGAAGAAAUUAGGGUUCAAAAAGGAGGAUGCACAGUUUGAUACUUAUAUUCAUUCGACUCACAACAUAGAGUACAGAAACAUAUAUGCCAAUUUUGAACCUGCAGUGGUUAUGCUAUACGAUGUUGAAUUGGUGACGAUUUGUUACUCCCCCGAUAGAAUGGAAAAGCACAGAUUGAUAUUAGUUCCAAGAAAUGAAAGUCCUACGCAAACAGCGAUAGAUACAUCUUUGGCAAUAAUGAGAAAAUACGACAAACUAGCAAUAUCUGGUACAGGUGCUGGUGUAUCUGGUGCUGCAGCUGGUGCCACAGUUGGCUCGACAUCUGCAGACCAGCUGCGAAUUGGAACGCCUAAUUCUGAAGCUCCAGCUGCAACAAUGGCACAACACAAGCCCAAUGUUCAAAGGAGAAACUUGCGAAAUUUCUUUGGUCAACGGCCUCCUAGUGAGUUGAUUUCGUCGAAUUUAGCUGAAUACUUUCCUGAUACGAGACAAAGAGAUUUGGAACAAACUGUUAAAAAUUCAGUAAGACACAGUGUAAGAUUGAGCAGACGCUUUAAUUUACCUCCAGGAGCCUUUACCUCUGGUGCUGGUGGAUUGCCACUGAGUAGAUUCUCCAUGAUGAGUGGCUCAACGGGGGCAGCUUCUCAAAGGGCUUUGAGUAUUUCGUCUGGUGGAAAUGCUUCUAGUGGUAUAGGUAUUGACCCGAUUCGACGAGGCCAGCGGACUGUGGGGGACGUAAUGAUGAGCAAUGUUAAUGCCAUUGACGAGGCUGUCAACUCACUGGAUACAAUGAGUAUUUUUAGUAAGCCUUCGUCUGUUGGUCACAAUCAUAUCACUUCCGAUGUUCCUUCGUCUUCAUCGUCACCGCGUUUGGGAUUACAACUGCAACUGAAUGGCCCAAGAGGUUUAGGAGGUGUUUCCGCCCUUCCCCCUGUUGCUAAUGUGGCAGCUUCCUCUACACCUGCCGCUGCCCUUGCAUUUGAUGCAAAAUCAUUUGUCAGCAACAAGAGUAUUGGAAGCGGGACUACGCUUAGACGUAUAUCUAUAUUAGCCAGCAAUAGCGACAACCAGGCAGCAAAUAACAGACAUUCCACCAUUGAACUACUUGAAGCCAGCGAUUCUGAGGAUGAAGAAGACGAUUAUGAUGCAUACUACAAUGGGCUGGGAGAUGUCUCACAAGCAUUUAGUGUCGAAUCGGAUAACAAUGUGCCAGAUAAUUGGUUGAAAGGUGCCAAGAUUGGUUCAGGAAGUUUUGGUACUGUGUAUCUUGGUAUGAAUCCAUACACUGGUGAAUUGAUGGCCGUGAAACAGAUACCUUUGCAUCCAGCAGCAGAGGCUGGUGCAAGUGCAGGUACCACGCCCAAUAAUGUUGAUGGAUCUCCAAGGUCACCAAAUAAACCUGGUCGGUAUACGAAACAAAUAGCAUUUCAGAAUGACCCUCUUCAAAAGAAAGUGAUGGAGGAGCAAGAGCGGGAAAUGAUGCUAUUAAAAGAAUUGAAUCACGAAAAUAUCGUACGGUACUUUGGAAGCAAAACCGAUGAUAAAUAUUUGAACAUCUUUCUUGAGUAUGUCCCAGGUGGCUCAGUGCAAACAAUGCUUAACUCGUAUGGUCCUUUUGAAGAGCCAUUGAUUAGAAACUUUAUCCGUCAAGUAUUGAUUGGGUUGAGCUACUUGCAUGGCGAGGAUAUUAUCCACAGAGAUAUCAAAGGUGCCAAUAUUUUGAUUGACAUUAAAGGUACAGUAAAGAUUGGAGACUUUGGAAUUUCUAAAAAAGUCAGCACGAUUGAUGAGGAAGAUGAAGACUUUAAGAGAACAGGGAAACGUGCCUCGCUCCAAGGAUCGGUAUUCUGGAUGGCACCUGAAGUAGUGAAACAAACCACGUACACCAAAAAAGCAGAUAUCUGGUCUGUUGGUUGUUUGAUUGUAGAGAUGUUUACUGGUAAGCAUCCCUUCCCCAACUUGAGUCAAAUGCAAGCGUUAUUCAAGAUUGGAAACCACGUGUCUCCAGAGUCACCUGAGUGGUGCACUAUAGAGGCCAAGCGGUUUUUGGAGAAAACAUUUGAGUUGCAUUACGACAGAAGACCAGAUGCUAUUGAAUUACUCGCUGAUCCAUUUUUGAAUGCCUUGAUUAUGUCGAAACAAUAG